AUGUCUGCUCUCAAGGCCGGUGACAGCUUCCCCGAGGGAGUUGCUUUCGCAUGGAUCCCUCCCAGCAAGGAGACCAGCGAGUUCAGCCAGUGCGGUAUCCCUAUCAAGUACGACGCCUCCGCCGAGUUCAAGAACAAGAAGGUCGUCAUCAUCUCUCUUCCCGGUGCCUUCACCCCCACAUGCAGUGCCCGCCACGUCCCCGGCUUCAAGGAGAACAAGGACAAGCUCGUUGAGAAGGGUGUUGAUCAGGUCAUCGUUCUCGCUCACAACGACGCCUACGUCAUGUCCGGCUGGGGCAAGGCCAACGGUGUCAACGACGAGUUCAUUGUCUUCGCCUCCGACUCCGACCUCAAGUUCGCCAAGAGCCUUGGCUGGACCGUCAACAACGGCGAGCGCAGCGACCGCUGGGCCAUCGUUGUCGACCACGGCAAGGUCACCUACGCCGCCAAGGAGGAGGAGCUUCAGUCUCUUGACUUCUCUGGUUUCGAUGUCGUCUACAAGCACCUGUAA